GCCAGCAUGUCGCGGAGGAAGCAGGCGAAGCCUCAGCAUUUCCAAUCCGACCCUGAUCUGGCCUUGAUAUCCCAGCGAAAUGGAGACACAGAAAAGGGUCAAGCAAAUCGAACCACUAAGAACAAGGACGCCCAUGUCUGUGGCAGGUGCUGUGCUGAGUUCUUUGAAUUAUCAGAUCUCCUGCAACACAAGAAGAAUUGUACUAAAAAUCAAUUAGUUUUAAUUGUGAAUGAAAAUCCAGCUUCUCCUUCUGAAACCUUCCCUCCUAGUUCCCCUUCUGAUAAUCCUGAUGAACAGAUGAAUGACACAGUUAAUAACACAGAUCAAGUAGACUGCAGUGACCUUUCAGAGCAUAACAAACUUGACAGGGAAGAAUCCAUGGAUGUGGAGGCUUCCAGCAUUAACAAUAGCAGUAGCAGUUCCAAGAGUGUCAACAAUAGUAUUACAAGCAGUAACAGCUCCACAAUGGGUACCUCAGCUGUAACAACCUCUCUACCUCACAUAGGGGACCUGACAACAUUAGGCAACUUUUCAGUGAUAAAUAGUAAUGUAAUAAUUGAAAACCUUCAGAGUACUAAAGUGGCGGUAGCACAGUUCUCACAGGAAGCGAGGUGUAACGGUGCGUCAAACAGCAAGCUUGCAGUACCUGCCCUGAUGGAGCAACUGUUGGCAUUGCAGCAGCAGCAGAUCCAUCAAUUGCAACUGAUUGAACAAAUUCGUCACCAAAUAUUAUUGUUGGCUUCCCAAAAUACAGACAUGCCAACAUCUUCGAGCCCUUCUCAAGGUACUUUACGAACAUCUGCCAACCCCUUGUCCACAUUAAGUUCCCAUUUAUCCCAGCAGCUGGCUGCAGCAGCUGGAUUAGCACAAAGCCUUGCUAGUCAAUCUGCCAGCAUCAGUGGUGUGAAACAGCUACCCCCAAUACAGCUACCUCAGAGCAACCCUGGCAACACUCUAAUUCCAUCCAGUAGUGGCUCUUCUCCAAAUAUUAACAUAUUGGCAGCAGCAGUUACAACACCGUCCUCAGAAAAAGUGGCUUCAAGUAUUGGUGGCUCACAGCUCAGCAACCCACCAGUAUCAGCAUCAUCUUCACCAGCUUUUGCAAUAAGCAGUUUAUUAAGUCCUGCAUCUAAUCCACUUCUACCUCAGCCCACUCCUAAUAACUCUGUUUUCUCCGGCCCCUUGUCCAAUAUUGGAACACCUGCAGAGGAUUUAAACUCCUUGACUGCCUUGGCACAGCAAAGGAAAAGCAAGCCACCAAAUGUAACUGCUUUUGAAGCAAAAAGUAAUUCAGAUGAGGCAUUCUUUAAGCAUAAAUGUAGGUUCUGUGCUAAAGUGUUUGGGAGUGACAGUGCCUUGCAGAUUCAUUUACGUUCUCACACUGGCGAGAGGCCCUUUAAAUGCAACAUAUGUGGAAACAGAUUCUCCACAAAAGGAAACCUAAAAGUCCACUUUCAACGUCAUAAAGAAAAAUACCCUCACAUUCAAAUGAAUCCAUACCCAGUGCCAGAGCAUUUGGACAAUAUUCCCACAAGCACGGGUAUUCCUUAUGGGAUGUCUAUACCACCGGAGAAGCCUGUCACAAGCUGGCUGGACAGCAAGCCAGUCCUCUCCACCCUGACGACUUCUAUUGGUCUGCCACUCCCACCAACAAUUCCAAGCUUGACCCCAUUCAUCAAAACUGAGGAGCCUCAGCCGAUUCCCAUUAGCCAUCCUUCUGCUAGCCCUCCCUGCUCUGUCAAGAGUGACUCGGGAACAGCUGAUCCCACAUCAAAAAUUUCCAAUGGACUUUCUGAUGAGGUAGAGGCUGGUGCUUUGCCUACCUCAAAUGGCAAAAUGGAGGAAAACCCUCAGAACACAAGCACCAUCUCUAACAUGAGCAGCUCCGUGAGCUCACCGGCAGCAGACUCGGGCUCCACCAGUGUUGCCACUUUUACAAAUCCAUUGAUGCCUCUAAUGUCAGAGCAAUUCAAGGCAAAGUUUCCAUUUGGAGGACUAUUGGAUUCAACGCCAGCAUCUGAAACAUCAAAAUUGCAGCAACUGGUAGAAAACAUUGACAAAAAGGCAACCGAUCCCAACGAGUGUAUCAUUUGCCACCGAGUUCUCAGUUGCCAGAGUGCACUGAAAAUGCACUACCGCACACAUACCGGUGAGAGACCAUUUAAAUGUAAAAUCUGUGGUCGUGCUUUCACUACUAAAGGCAACUUAAAGACUCAUUACAGUGUCCACCGUGCCAUGCCUCCGCUGAGAGUACAACAUUCGUGCCCGAUCUGCCAGAAAAAAUUCACCAAUGCUGUUGUUCUACAGCAACAUAUCCGAAUGCACAUGGGAGGGCAGAUCCCCAACACCCCAGUGACAGAAAACUAUCCUGAGUCUAUGGAAUCAGAUACGGGAUCUUUUGAUGAUAAGAAUUUUGAUGAUAUAGACAACUUCUCAGAUGAGAACAUGGAAGACUGUCCUGACAGCAGCGUGCCAGAUACACCUAAGUCUGCAGAUGCGUCACAAGACAGCUUGUCUUCUUCCCCUCUGCCCCUGGAAAUGUCAAGUAUUGCUGCUUUGGAAAAUCAGAUGAAGAUGAUCAAUGCAGGACUUGCUGAACAACUUCAGGCAAGCUUAAAGUCGGUUGAAAAUGGGUCAGUGGAAGGGGAUGUUCUGACUAAUGAUUCAUCAUCUAUUGGUGGCGAUAUGGAAAGCCAAAGUGCUGGAAGCCCUGCUGUCUCAGAGUCUACCUCUUCCAUGCAGGCCUUGUCCCCAUCAAACAGCACCAAUGAUUAUCACAAGUCACCAAGUAUCGAAGAGAAACCAGUGAGAGCUUUACCAAGCGAGUUUGCCAACGGUUUGUCUCCAACCCCUGCUAACAGUGGUGCUUUGGACUUGACGUCUAGUAACACUGAUAAAAUGAUUAAAGAAGAGUCUCUGAGUAUGCUCUUUCCUUUCAGAGAUAGAGGUAAAUUUAAAAACACUGCAUGUGACAUUUGUGGCAAAACUUUUGCUUGUCAGAGUGCCUUGGACAUUCAUUACAGAAGUCAUACCAAAGAGAGACCAUUUAUUUGCACAGUUUGCAAUCGUGGCUUUUCCACAAAGGGUAAUUUGAAGCAGCAUAUGUUGACACAUCAAAUGCGAGAUCUACCAUCACAACUUUUUGAGCCCAAUUCCAGUAUCGGCCCUAAUCAGAACUCUUCAGUUAUGCCCACUAAUUCACUGUCAUCGCUCAUAAAGACUGAAGUUAAUGGAUUUGUGCACAGCUCUCCUCAGGAUAGCAAAGAAGCACCCUCUGGUCUAGUUGCUUCAGGGCCACUGUCCUCCUCUGCCACAUCCCCUGUCCUGCUCCCCGCUCUCCCCAGAAGAACCCCCAAACAGCACUACUGCAACACGUGUGGGAAAACAUUUUCUUCCUCCAGUGCUCUGCAGAUCCACGAAAGGACACACACUGGUGAGAAACCUUUUGCCUGCACUAUAUGUGGAAGAGCGUUCACAACAAAAGGCAAUCUGAAGGUUCACAUGGGCACUCACAUGUGGAACAGUACUCCUGCACGACGAGGCAGACGACUUUCUGUAGAUGGCCCCAUGACGUUUCUAGGAGGCAAUCCUGUAAAGUUCCCAGAAAUGUUUCAGAAGGAUUUGGCUGCACGGUCAGGGAAUGGAGACCCCUCCAGCUUCUGGAACCAGUACGCAGCGGCGCUCUCCAAUGGCUUGGCCAUGAAGACCAACGAGAUCUCUGUCAUCCAGAACGGUGGCAUCCCUCCGGCACCAGGAGGCCUGGGCAACGGUGGAAGCUCUCCCAUCAGCGGCUUGACGGGAAGCUUGGAGAAACUCCAGAAUUCAGAACCCAACGCACCUCUAGCUGGUCUGGAGAAAAUGGCAAGCAAUGAAAAUGGGACAAACUUCCGUUUCACGCGUUUCGUGGAAGACAACAAAGAAAUCGUAACAAAUUAGAGAAAAACUCCAUAAAUAACAUUCCUGCAAAUAGUGCAACCUAGGGUUGCUUUUUUCAAGCUGCAGGCUACAACAUUACAAAGACUUUCUUUUGUACCAUGUUCUACUUCUAGAGUUCUA